AUGGAGCCAAGCACAGUGUACGUACGGCGUUCGCGAGCAGAAGCGUGGAAAGGAAAUUUCGGCAUCGAUCUACUAAAACUAGAAAAAGAAAAAGGUGACUGGAAAAAAUUGUCAUUAGCCGAGAAGAAAGAACUGUACCGUGCAAGUUUCUGUCAAACUUUCGCAGAGCUUGAAGCUCCAGACGGUCACUGGAAGGCAAUCAUUGGUUGUGUCUGCAUUGGUAUAAGUAUAGCUCUGUGGAUGUUCAUGUAUGUUAAAUUCAACGUUUACUCUCCGCUACCGGAAUCAUUCAGUAAAGAAAAUCAAGCCGCUCAAUUAAAACGUAUCAGAUUACUUGAUAUUAAUCCAAUCUGGGGUUUUAACAAACGUACCCCCGAGGAGCUCGCUAAGAAGGACAAUUAA